AUGCGCUGCAGGGACUCCCACAGACCCAUCGCCCAGAAACAAGUUAGGGGGAGAAAGAAAGGAUGGGAAGAAAGUUCUGGAAACGUGGCUGAGUCACACUCUGGGAGUCCCAGGUCAUCACCCCUGGUGGCUUUUCUGCUGGCAGGCGUUGCAAUCCUGCUGCUGUUCCAGUGUUGCUCUACAUACAAGCUGGUCUGCUAUUACACCAACUGGUCCCAGUACCGGGAAGGCGAUGGCAGCUGCUUCCCAGACGCCAUCAACCCCUUCCUCUGCACCCACAUCAUCUACAGCUUUGCCAACAUCAGCAACAAUGAGAUUGACACGUGGGAGUGGAAUGAUGUGACGCUCUAUGGCAUGUUGAAUGAGCUCAAAACCAGGAACCCCAACCUGAAGACACUGCUGUCUGUUGGAGGCUGGAACUUUGGCUCUGAAAGGUUUUCCAGGAUAGCCUCCAACUCCCAGAGGCGCAGGACUUUCAUCAAGUCGGUGCCACCAUUUCUGCGGACCCAUGGCUUUGAUGGAUUGGACCUUACCUGGCUCUACCCUGGCCAGAGAGACAAGCAGCAUCUCACCACUCUAAUCAAGGAACUGAAAGCUGAAUUCCUAAAGGAAGCCCGGUCCGGAACAGAGCAGCUCCUGCUCAGCGCAGCUGUGUCCGCAGGGAAGAUCGUCCUCGACAGCGGCUAUGACAUUGCCCAGAUAUCCCAGCACCUGGAUUUCAUCAGCCUCAUGACCUAUGAUUUUCACGGCACCUGGCGCCAGACCACAGGACAUCACAGCCCUCUCUUCCGGGGCCAGGAGGACAUUAGUUUUGACCGAUUCAGCAAUGUGGACUAUGCUGUCGGGUACAUGCUAAGACUGGGGGCCCCAGCCAGCAAGCUGCUGAUGGGCAUCCCCACCUUCGGGAAGAGCUUCACUCUGGCAUCUUCUGAGACGCAGGUUGGAGCCCCAAUCUCGGGGCCAGGACUACCAGGCAGGUUCACCAAGGAGAAAGGAGUCCUCGCCUACUAUGAGAUCUGUGACUUCCUCCAUGGAGCCAAAGUCCAUAGACUCCUUGGCCAGCAGGUGCCUUAUGCCACCAAGGGCAACCAAUGGGUGGGGUACGAUGACCCGGAGAGUGUCAAAAACAAGGUGCAGUAUCUGAAAAACAGGCCGCUGGCAGGCGCCAUGGUAUGGGCCCUGGAUUUAGAUGAUUUCCGCGGCUCCUUCUGCGGCCAGAACCUGCGCUUCCCACUCACCAACGCCAUCAAGGAGGCCCUCGCUGCGGCCUAGCCUCAUGCUUUUCCACACAGUGCCCCACACCCCCUGGCUCCUUUAUGCUAAGUCCCCUGGCUGAGCCUCAGCUUCCUUCCCUAGGAACCUGAGCAAAGGGGUCACAGCAUUGAGAUUUGGGCUCAGUCCUGGUGGUCGAGAAGGCGGGGUGGGGCUGUGGGGUCAGUGAGGGCCUGGGGACCAGCAGCACAGGGUGAGACAGGGACCUGUACAUUCCUGAUGACAAAUGGCAAUGCUCAGGCUUUAAGCCGAGCACGGAGGAUUUCAACUGCCUUGCCCCCCCAUGUCUCCUGACCAAAAGGACACCCUUUUUGGCAAGUUGUACCAAGUAGGUAAUCAUACAAGAUGCUGCGGCUAUACUAAUUAUACCCUCUGCAAAGCCCAGCUUGAAGCCUUCACUUAGGAACAUAAUCGUGUCUCUAUCCCACUUCCCUUUCCUAAUUCCACAGCUGUUCAAUAAAGUGCAAGGGCGUAA